GAGGGAAGCGUGGUGAUGAAAGUUGCUUCAGGGAGGCGUUCUUCCUGCCACAGCGGGACAAAAACAGAGGUGCUGGAGUCGGACCUGCCAAAUGCUGUGGCACUUUUGAAAAACCUUCAGGAACAGGUGAUAGCUGUCACUGCACAAGUGCAAGCCCUGACCAAAAAAGUUCAAGCUAAGGCCUUUCCUACAGAAAAGGGUCUCAGCCUUUUGGAAGUGAAAGAUCAGCUGUUGCUCAUGUACCUUAUGGAUUUGAGCCAUCUCAUCCUACACAAAGCCUCAGGAGGGUCUCUUCAGGGACAUGCUGCAGUUUUGAGACUGGUGGAGAUUCGCACGGUUUUGGAAAAGCUUCGUCCUUUGGACCAAAAACUGAAGUAUCAAAUUGACAAACUGGUCAAGACUGCAGUGACAGGCAGCCUCAGUGAGAAUGACCCACUCCGUUUUAAGCCUCAUCCCAGCAAUAUGAUGAGCAAGUUGAACUCUGAGGAUGAAGAGGAAGAUGAAGCAGAGGAAGGCCAGUCUGGGGCUUCAGGGAAGAAAUCUGGAAAAGCGAUAGCUAAGAAAUAUGUUCCCCCACGCUUGGUUCCAGUGCAUUAUGAUGAAACAGAAGCUGAGCGGGAGAAGAAGCGCCUAGAACGAGCCAAGAGACGGGCAUUGAGCAGCUCUGUCAUUCGUGAACUAAAGGAGCAGUACUCAGAUGCCCCAGAGGAAAUUCGUGAUGCUCGACAUCCUCAUGUUACUCGCCAGAGCCAGGAGGAUCAACACAGGAUUAACUAUGAGGAGAGCAUGAUGGUGCGUUUAAGUGUCAGUAAGCGAGAGAAAGGACGGCGAAAACGAGCAAGUAUCAUGAGCUCACAACUUCAUUCCCUCACACACUUCAGUGACAUCAGUGCUUUGACAGGAGGAACCCCUCAUCUUGAUGAGGAUCAGAAUCUUACUAAGAGGCGGAAGAAGAUACCCAAGAAAGGUCGGAAGAAAAAAGGUUUUCGGAGGCGGCGGUGAUUAUGGGUGUACAUAUUUAUGUCUAUUUUUUGUCAUCCUGGGAUACUUCUAAUUUCACUGUAUGUGUGUUUUUUCCCUUGGAAUUCAUUAAUUAAUUUGCUCUGGACAUGUGGAAAGAUGUUUAUUAAUAAAAUUGAUUUUACUUUUAAAUUGAA